AUGGUAGGAUGUGAUCAAGAUCUAUCACCAAGAUUUAGACAUUUAUCUGUGUUUUUCACUGCUGGAAUGGCUGUUUUAACUAAUCUUGUUAAUGGAACUACUUGUAAAGCUUUGGUGAAUUAUUUAAACAUGAUAGAAAAUCCAGUGAUUAAAAAGAGAGUCUAUAAACGCUAUUUAACUGAUAUGAUUGUUAAUUAAGAAGAUGCAAUAAAAGAAUUAGAAGAGGAUGAACAUUUUGCUAUGGCUGAUUGGAAUCAAGUUAAAUCACUUGUAGGAUCACAAUAGUUUUUAUAGGAAGUAGUUCAAUUAGAAAAUGAAAUUAAAUAAAUUUAAGGUGGAAAUAUGUUUUGGGAAUAAUUAUUCAAUGGCUUUACAAGUUUUAGUAGUAUCAAGUACUUCUUUAAAAAGUACUUACAUUACAAGAACAUAUGGCUAUGAAU